AUGGUUUCAGAUAAUUACCCACUGGUACAUCAAACCAAAUCGAGCGAACUUUCUGCUAAUAUGCAAUCUUUGCAGUGGUCAAUACUAUCAAAAGCUAUAGAGUUCUUCUGCUUCUGGUUUAUCGUUAUAAUUAUCGUAUAUGGUUUCGCUACUGCAGUGCUAUUGUAUUCGCGAAAUGAAGAAGCCAUUCGGCGAAUUAAAGAAUCAAUGGACAGUGGAAGUAAUGCUGUUAAUAGUUCGAAUCAGCAUACUUUAUGCGACGGAGAAUUAUAUCCAACCAUUCGUCUAUCGGGAGGUCAUGAAUGCCAUUAUCUGAUGAAAGUCGACCAUAAUAGCUUGACGGCUCAGCAAACAGAACUGCGUCCAGCCAAAAUAGCAUACGCAGUCGAAGAGCAGCUUUCUAUGCGGCCUGGAAAGCGCAGCGACAUUGUGGAAGACGCCCCGGACAUCUCAAAUUGA